AUGACUCUGUUGCAUCCCGCCAGGCAUGAGCUGAUGUGCCCCAUCACCCAUGAAAUGCUCCAAGAUCCGGUGGUGUGUCCGCAGCGUGGACAAAGCUUUUCAGCAGACGCCCUUCAAACCUAUCUCCGACAGAAUCCUGAGGGACGCUGCCCCAUAUGCAAUGUGAAUGUAGGGGGGCGUGGAUGGACCAGGAACAUUGUACUUCGUGACCUCAUUCAGAGCAUGGGAGCUCAUCAGCUUCGGACAGAAAGCCUAGGAGGGAACACUUUUGUGUAUACCCGUCCGUUCGUCAUCAUCAUUGUGGGCAGCUUCGGCUCCGGAAAAAGCACUUUGAUCAAUCUCCUGGUUGACCCCAGCGGUAACAGAAUCAUUGCCGAGGAAGCAGCAUCAGCAGGCGGGUGCACGCAAAGGGCUGAGAGCCUCAGGAAAGUCUUCAGUGGUGAAGUCGAUCACAAUGGCACUUCAAGACUUCUUGAGCUGAUUGACACCCCAGGCUUUGGUGAUCCGGACAAGAGUGAUGCACAGACGAUCAGAGAAUUGUCGCGGGCAACUGUGGAUAUUGUGGCCGGUGUGGACCUGUUUGUGCACGUUGUGAAGAAGGACCGCAUGGGCAAUAUCGACAGGUUCCUGCCAGAGAUAAUUCUGUCCGGGCUUGCAGACGACGAUGAGGCCCAGAAGGAAAUUGCCCGCCGGUAUGUCUUCGUGGUGACACAUGCAGACUCUGCUAGACAGCCCGUGGAACAAGCAAGUCUUGAUGAAUUCAAGGGAGCAAUGAAGGCCUUUUUCCCAGACAUCUUGGAGUCUGCCGUGCAAAAUGCCGUUUUUGUGGAGCAUGGACCCAAGCUCGGAACUUCUCCUUUGGGAAAUGCAGUUGCCAAUCGGGAUUUGAUCCUGGAUAGGGCUAUGGAAGCAAGGGAAGUCUAUCAUCGCGUCUUCAAGUCAAAGUCGGUUGAGAAGAUCAUUCAGAAGGGGUUUGAAGACGCCAUGAAGAUGUGGAAACACAUGGGCUUUAAUGGCCACCACGUUCGCCAGAUCGAACCAGAAGAGCUUGGUGCGCUGCUCAAUUUCUUCAACAAGGUGAUCGAGCGGAAGGCGUGGAUAGAGAUGACGCCUGCGACUACAAGUUGCAGUGAAUUCUGCCAAGCUUGGAAUAAGAUCAGCUUGGCAGUGAGGGACCAGGUGGCAGUGAAGGUUGCAGAAUCCGUCAAACACCAGGUUGAAGAGUCGUGUAACAAAUCUUGGACCGAAAAGAUCAGAUCCAUGGCCCGGAGCUACCGAGGGUCAUUAGGUGCCGCUACAGGAGCAGCAGCUGGUGCCGUCAUAGGAGCUGCCCACCUUUGUGUGGUGUCGUGA